CCUCUAGCUAUAUUUUUGAAUGCAAAUAUGAGGACAGAAUUGUCAACAUGUAAAAAUAAUGUUGCACACUUGCACUUAUACAUGCAGUAUAAAUGUCAUGCUUUUGCAUGUUGUUUUUCACAACUCUCAAUUUUUUAAAAAUAGUGCUAUUAUUGUUUUGUGGCAAUUUGUUAUAUCAAGUUAUAGAAAAUGAGAAAUGAGGAUGUUGAGAAUGGAGAGAUUAAUGUGGUAAAGUAUAUGCAAGAGCCAUUCAUUCAAAAAGGGAGUGAUGCAUGUGAAGAAGUUGAAUCAGAUAAAAGUGUAGAAAAUGGAUCUAUUGGAAUGGUUCUGCUCAGCACAUUUGUUGCUGUUUGUGGUUCUUUUUCAUUUGGAACUUGUGUGGGUUAUUCAGCACCUACUCAAGCUGCUAUAAGGGAAGAUCUUGAUCUGUCUCUUGCUCAGUUUUCAAUGUUUGGUUCUUUGGUGACAAUUGGUGCAAUGCUUGGAGCUAUAACAAGUGGUAGAAUUACUGAUUUCAUUGGAAGAAAAGGGGCUAUGAGAAUUUCAACGGGAUUUUGCAUUAUAGGGUGGAUAGCUGUCUUCUUCUCUAAGGGUUCUUCCACACUUGACUUGGGAAGGUUAUUCACAGGAUAUGGAAUUGGACUCGUCUCAUACGUGGUUCCUGUAUAUAUAGCAGAAAUAGCACCCAAAAAUCUUAGAGGAAUGCUUGCAACAACAAAUCAGCUUAUGAUUGUUAUUGGAUCAUCGGUGUCAUUUUUAUUAGGAAGUGUCAUAAAUUGGAGACAACUAGCACUAGCAGGACUAAUGCCUUGCAUUUGCUUGUUGGUUGGUUUGUGCUUCAUUCCUGAGUCUCCUAGAUGGCUGGCAAAGGUUGGUCGUGAAAAAGAGUUUCAACUAGCUUUAAGGAAACUUCGUGGUAAAGAUGUUGAUAUUUCUCAUGAAGCUAUUGAAAUUAUGGAUAAUAUUGAAACUCUUCAAAGCCUUCCUAAGGUUAAGAUGUUGGAUUUGUUGCAACGCAAGUAUGUGCGCGCUGUAGUUAUUGGUGUUGGACUAAUGGCAUUUCAACAAUCUGUUGGAAUUAACGGCAUAGGAUUCUAUACAGCUGAGACUUUUGUUGCAGCAGGGCUUUCUUCAGCAAAAUCCGGUACCGUAGCUUAUGCUUGUAUACAAGUUCCAUUUACUAUGUUGGGAGCCAUUUUGAUGGAUAAAUCUGGAAGAAAACCUCUUAUAACAGUUUCUGCAAGUGGAACAUUCUUGGGCUGCGUUAUUACCGGAAUUGCUUUCUUUUUCAAGGACCAAAGCUUAUUGCUUGAGUGGGUGCCAACAUUAGCAGUUGCAGGCGUGUUGAUUUACGUAGCAUCAUUUGCAAUUGGUUUGGGAUCAGUUCCUUGGGUGGUGAUGUCUGAGGUGUUUCCUAUAAAUGUGAAGGGAAUUGCAGGAAGUUUGGUAGUUUUGGUAGCCUGGCUAGGAGCUUGGGUGGUUUCGUAUACCUUCAAUUUUCUUAUGAGUUGGAGUUCUCCUGGUACAAUGUUUUUGUAUGCUGGAUGUUCCCUUUUAACCAUUCUAUUUGUUGUAAAAGUAGUCCCAGAAACCAAAGGAAAAACAUUGGAAGAAAUUCAGUCUUGCAUUAGUUCUUAGAGAAUGAGCAAAACAGAUAUAUGAAUUGGAUACAUUAUGGACAUUGUGUGUGUCUCUCUCUUGAUUCCAUCAAGUUUAAGGCAUAAAGAAGACCAGGACACUGUCCAAUUAUUGCAAUCAUUUUAUCAAUUUCUUUUGGAUCUGUUUAGGAUCACCAAUGCAUAGCUAGAAAGAAUAACAUGAUAUGUAAACAAAACAAAAGAAUAGCCGGAUGUUAAUUUAAUCUGUCCAUUUUUUGGUACUA